UGCGCAGCACACCAACUGCUGUCGCUUAGAGUUUGUCUGGGCGUGGAAGAGAAACUGUGACUUGCUUUCCUUGUCGGGCUAGGAGAUUGGGUAACGUCACUGAUGAGCAUUUCAGUCCCGAUUUCAUAAGAGGGAAGAUUGAAACAAUCACGGAAGUUCCAGACUAAAAAACUGCAACAUGCCUCCGAAAGAGAAAGCCGGUGGCGUUCACAAAAUCAUCAUGGUUGGAAGUGGCGGUGUUGGAAAGUCAGCCCUCACUCUCCAAUUUAUGUACGAUGAGUUUGUGGAAGAUUAUGAACCAACAAAAGCAGAUAGCUACAGGAAGACAGUAACCUUAGAUGGUGCUGAGUGCCAAGUUGACAUUCUUGAUACUGCUGGACAAGAAGAUUAUGCUGCAAUCCGUGACAAUUACAUUAGAAGUGGUGAGGGGUUUCUUUGUGUGUUCUCCAUUUGUGAACCUGAGUCUUUCAGCUCCACCUCAGAAUUAAGGGAGCAAAUCUUAAGAGUAAAAACAGAGGACAGUAUACCUUUUAUUUUAAUUGGAAACAAAGUUGAUCUUGAAGAGAAAAGGCAGGUAACACAUGAUGAAGCUGAAUCAACUGCAAAAGAAUGGAAUGUCCCAUACAUUGAAACAUCGGCAAAGACCAAAGUAAAUGUUGAAAAGGUCUUUUUUGAUCUUAUGAGAAUGAUCAAGUCCCGAAAAACAGACGAAAGCUCAAAACCUGGAGCUAAAAAGAAAGGAAAAACAAAGAAAAGGAAAUGUACAAUUCUAUGAAAGCUCAUAUGUGACUUCUUUACAAAGGACAGCAUUAGUUUUUCAUCAUCAAGUGUGGUGGUGACAUUUAAUUUUGAUUUUCAAUAUAUGCACUAAGGCCAAGUCUGUGGUUGUAAUUUUCUUACCAUAUAUAAAUAAAAUACAUGUGAGUUUUGCUCAGAAACCCCAUUUUGUAAAAAUAUAGUAAUUCUUUAUUAUGUGGCAUUGGCCCCUUUCAUGUUGAUUUAUGUUUUAGAUUUUUGAAAUAAGACUAUUGGUCAUAAAAAUUCACUCCAAAAAGUGAUUUUGAUAUAUAAGGUUUUUUCAUCAAAGAAGCCAUAUAUUGGCUAUAACAAAUUUCACCUAUGGAAUGGGAUUGUAAUUUUCUUACUGCUUUGGUGUUUAUUACUGAUUCAAUUAUAAAAUUUUGCAACUUGAGAGUGCUAUGCAUAAGCAGACACUUGAUUAUUUGAAGAGAUAAAAUGCUGUGCUACCAUAGAAGUAAAUUGUGGCAUGCAUUUAGUUGCCUGAAGCAAAAACAGUAUUUCCUAUUUAUCUUUGAAAAAGUUUGCAGUCUUUUUUAAAAUUAUCCUCACUACAUGGUCAUUUUGUACCUUCAUUACAGUCUACACCGAAAUUACUUAAGGUUUAGAGGAUGGUGAGGUUUCAAUAUCAAAAGCUGUCUUUUAGCUGUCUUGCUCAUGCUCUCUGUAGUUACAUACUGAUAAAUAUUUAUUUGAAUCUUAUGUAAUUACUUUAGUUUAGAUCAUAGAUACCUCAUUAAAGAGAAGAGUCUCAUUUA